CCUAAGCAGAAGCUUGCGAGGGAUCCGCCAUCAUGGUUGCCUUGUCGCUGAAGAUCUGCGUCCGCCACUGCAAUGUGGUCAAGACCAUGCAGUUCGAGCCCUCCACGGCCGUCUACGACGCCUGCCGGGUCAUACGUGAGCGGGUGCCAGAGGCGCAGAUGGGACAAGCCUCCGACUAUGGGCUGUUUCUCUCCGACGAAGAUCCGCGGAAAGGCAUUUGGUUGGAAGCUGGCAGGACCCUGGAUUACUACAUGCUGCGAAAUGGGGAUAUCUUGGAGUACAAAAAGAAGCAAAGACCGCAGAAGAUACGAAUGCUGGACGGGUCGGUGAAGACGGUGAUGGUGGAUGACUCGAAAACGGUUGGGGAGCUGUUGGUCACUAUUUGCAGCCGGAUAGGGAUCACCAAUUACGAAGAGUACUCCUUAAUCCAGGAGAGCACCGAAGAGAAGAAGGAAGAAGGCACAGGGACAUUGAAGAAAGACCGGACGCUGCUGCGCGACGAGAAGAAGAUGGAGAAGCUGAAGGCGAAGCUGCACACGGACGACGACCUGAACUGGCUGGAUCACAGUCGGACCUUCCGAGAACAAGGAGUGGAUGAGAACGAAACUCUGCUCUUGAGGCGCAAGUUCUUCUACUCGGACCAGAACGUGGAUUCCAGAGACCCUGUUCAGCUCAAUUUGCUUUACGUUCAGGCUCGCGAUGACAUCCUCAACGGCUCCCACCCUGUCUCCUUCGAGAAGGCGUGUGAGUUUGGGGGCUUCCAGGCCCAGAUCCAGUUUGGACCUCAUGUCGAACACAAGCACAAACCUGGAUUUUUAGAUCUAAAGGAAUUCCUUCCUAAAGAAUACAUCAAGCAAAGGGGAGCUGAAAAGAGGAUUUUUCAGGAGCACAAGAACUGUGGCGAGAUGACCGAGAUCGAAGCCAAGGUGAAGUACGUCAAGCUGGCGCGCUCGCUACGAACCUACGGCGUCUCCUUUUUCCUCGUGAAGGAGAAGAUGAAAGGGAAGAACAAACUGGUACCUCGCCUGCUGGGUAUCACCAAGGAGUCGGUGAUGCGUGUGGACGAACGGACCAAGGAGGUGUUGCAAGAGUGGCCGCUGACGACCGUCAAGCGCUGGGCCGCUUCGCCCAAAAGCUUCACACUGGAUUUUGGCGAGUAUCAGGAAAGCUACUACUCAGUACAAACCACGGAAGGCGAGCAGAUCUCUCAGUUAAUUGCCGGUUACAUCGACAUCAUCCUCAAGAAGAAGCAAAGCAAGGACCGCUUCGGCCUGGACGGGGACGAGGAGUCGACCAUGCUGGAAGAAUCGGUAUCACCCAAAAAGUCGACUAUCUUGCAGCAGCAAUUCAACCGGACGGGGAAAGUGGAGCACGGCUCCGUGGCUUUGCCGGCAGUCAUGCGCUCGGGCUCCACCGGGCCGGAGACCUUCAACGUGGGCAGCAUGCCGUCGCCACAGCAACAGGUCACUGUCGGGCAGAUGCACAGGGGCCACAUGCCCCCCCUGACCUCCGCGCAGCAAGCGUUGAUGGGGACCAUCAACACCAGCAUGCACGCCGUUCAGCAGGCGCAAGCGGAUCUCACGGAGGUAGACAGCCUCCCGCCUCUCGGGAAUGACAUGGCAUCCAGGGUUUGGGUGCAGAACAAAGUGGACGAGUCAAAGCACGAAAUCCACUCUCAGGUCGACGCCAUCACGGCCGGAACGGCCUCCGUUGUGAACCUGACAGCAGGCGACCCCGUGGACACGGACUACACGGCGGUGGGAUGCGCCAUCACCACCAUCUCUUCCAACCUCACCGAGAUGUCCAAAGGGGUGAAACUUCUGGCCGCCCUGAUGGACGACGAAGUCGGCAGCGGAGAGGACCUGCUGAAAGCCGCCCGGACCCUGGCAGGGGCCGUUUCGGACCUGCUGAAAGCGGUGGAGCCGACCUCGGGGGAGCCUCGGCAAACCGUCUUGACCGCAGCGGGGAGCAUCGGGCAAGCCAGUGGGGAACUCCUCCGGCAAAUUGGAGAGAACGAAACUGACGAGCGGUUCCAGGACGUGCUGAUGAGUCUUGCCAAAGCCGUGGCCAACGCGGCAGCCAUGCUGGUGCUGAAAGCCAAGAACGUGGCUCAGGUGGCCGAGGACAUGGUUCUGCAGAACAGGGUGAUCGCUGCCGCCACCCAGUGCGCUCUGUCCACCUCUCAGCUGGUCGCCUGCGCAAAGGUGGUCAGCCCACCAUCAGCUCCCGGUGUGUCAGGGCAGCUGAUAGAAGCGGAAACCGGUGGUGGACCCGCUCCGUUAGGGAGAACUUCGCGUCGCGAGCAGCCUGCCAGGCGAUACGGGCUGACAGGCUGCUCAAACAGGUCAGCUGGCGCCGCCAGCGUGGUCACGCAGUUUGCCAGCGGAGGGGAUCGCCAUCACGGCCUUCACGGUGACCAGGCCACGGACACCAUCAUGUGCGUCACCGAGAGCAUCUUCAGCUCCAUGGGGGAUGCUGGUAAGCGGCUUGAAUUUCACGGAGAUGGGGAAGGGUUGCGGGUCUCCCUGUAUAUGUCAACAUUGGCCUACACUGCAGGAGCCAUCCUGGGACUGGCUCCGCCUCCCAUGGAUGCAGAGGAAAUCGACAUGGAGAAUUCAAAGUCCACUACAGCUCUUGUGAAGCUGCUGGCCGAUUCGACAGCCCGGAUGGUUGAAGCGGCAAAGGGGGCUGCAGCCCACCCAGAAAACGAAGAUCAGCAGCAGAGGCUCCGGGAAGCAGCGGAAGGCUUGCGGGUGGCCACCAACGCCGCCGCUCAGAACGCCAUUAAGAAGAAAAUCAUCAACAGAUUAGAGGUGAGAAGAUCAUGUUGCGCAUAAAGCGCGGCGGCGGCUGCCACUCAGACGAUCGCCGCCUCUCAAAACGCGGCCAUUUCAAACAAGAACACGGCCUCUCACCAGCAGCUAGUCCAGAGCUGCAAGAACGUUGCAGAUCACAUCCCCCAGCUGGUCCAGGGCGUGAGGGGGAGCCAAGCCCAGGCUGAGGAUCUCAGCGCGCAGCUCGCCUUGAUAAACUCCAGCCAGAAUUUCCUCCAGCCGGGAAGCAAAAUGGUGGCAUCGGCUAAGGCAGCCGUCCCAACCGUGGCGGAUCAGGCGGCCGCCAUGCAGCUGAGCCAAUGUGCCAAGAACUUGGCCACCAGCCUAGCGGAACUGAGGACAGCCUCCCAGAAGGCGCACGAGGCGUGUGGCCCCAUGGAAAUAGACUCAGCCCUGAACACGGUCCAGACACUCAAAAACGAACUUCAAGAUGCAAAGAUGGCCGCUAUCGAUGGACAGCUGAAACCACUCCCAGGGGAAACGCUGGAGAAGUGUGCGCAGGACUUGGGGAUCACCUCCAAAGCCGUCGGCUCGUCCAUGGCCCAGCUGCUCACCUGCGCGGCCCAAGGCAACGAACAUUACACAGGUGUUGCUGCAGCCAGAGAGACAGCCCAGGCUUUGACAGACUCCUGGGCCCAAGCAUGGCGGCCCAGGCGUGGCCGAGCCUCCACCAGCUGAAUUCCCGUGAGAGCACCUGCACAUGCCAUGUUGCUUGGAUCUCCGGCCAGGGACGUCAUGGAAGGCUCGGCGAUGCUCAUUCAAGAGGCCAAGCAGGCCCUGGUGGCCCCAGGAGACGCAGAGAGCCAGCAGAGGCUGGCACAGGUGGCCAAGGCGGUCUCUCACUCCUUGAACAACUGCGUGAAUUGCCUGCCCGGCCAGAAGGACGUGGACAUGGCUCUGAAGAGCAUCGGUGAAUCUAGCAAGAAGCUGCUGGUGGAGUCGCUGCCUCCCAGUUCAAAAUCAUUCCAAGAGGAGCUCCAAGCCCGAGGCUAGAACCAGAGCUCGCGGCCGAGCCUGAACCAGUCCGGUAGGGAGAGAGGUGGUCUGCCAGCCUUGUAGGCCAGGGAGAAGCCAGAGGCCGGAGAGCUGGCCGCGGCUUCCGGGAAGUUUAGUGAGGAUUUCGAUGAGUUUCUGGAUGCCGGGAUUGAAAUGGCCGGGCAAGCUCAGACUAAAGAGGACCAGAUUCAGGUGAUUGGGAACCUGAAAAACAUCUCCAUGGCUUCCAGCAAACUGCUCUUGGCGGCCAAGUCUCUGUCGGUGGAUCCCGGAGCUCCCAACGCCAAGAACCUGCUGGCCGCCGCUGCAAGGGCUGUGACUGAAAGUAUAAACCAGUUGAUUACUUUGUGCACCCAGCAAGCACCUGGGCAGAAGGAGUGUGACAACGCUCUCCGGGAGCUGGAGGUGCUUGGAGAGGCGAUGGCCGGGAUUUCUCAGAACGCCAAGAUGGGGGACCUGCCCGUCUUCGGGGACUGCGUCGGGGUGGCCUCCAAGGCCCUCUGUGGCCUCACUGAAGCAGCGGCCCAGGCGGCUUACCUGGUGGGCAUCUCCGAUCCAAACAGCCAGGCUGGCCAGCAGGGGCUUGUGGACCCGAUCCAGUUCGCCAGGGCCAACCAGGCUAUCCAAAUGGCGUGUCAGAACUUGGUAGACCCAGCAAGUAGCCCAUCCCAGGUUUUAUCAGCUGCAACAAUUGUGGCCAAGCACACUUCCGCUCUGUGCAACGCUUGCCGAAUUGCGUCCUCGAAGACAGCCAACCCGGUCGCGAAGAGGCACUUUGUGCAGUCGGCGAAGGAGGUUGCAAACAGUACGGCCAACCUGGUUAAAACGAUCAAGGCCUUGGAUGGGGACUUCUCAGAAGACAAUCGGACAAAGUGCCGCAUUGCCACCGCCCCGCUGAUCGAAGCCGUGGAGAAUCUGACGGCCUUUGCCUCCAACUCCGAGUUUGUCAGCAUCCCAGCCCAGAUCAGCACGGAGGGUUCACGCGCUCAGGAGCCCAUCCUCACCUCGGCCAAGACCAUGCUGGAGAGCUCCUCGUCCCUGAUCAAAACCGCCCGCUCGCUGGCCAUCAACCCAAAGGACCCGCUGACCUGGUCUGUCCUCGCCAGCCACUCCCACACCGUCUCGGAGUCCAUCAAGAGCCUCAUCACUUCCAUCCGAGACAAAGCCCCCGGCCAGAGGGAGUGCGACUACUCCAUUGACGGGAUCAACAGGUGUAUCCGGGAUAUCGAACAGGCCUCUCUUGCCUCCGUCAGUCAGAACCUGGCCACCAGGGACGACAUUUCUGUAGAGGCCCUGCAGGAGCAGCUGACGUCCGUCGUGCAGGAAAUCGGGCAUCUCAUAGACCCCAUCGCCACUUGACCCCAGGGAGAAACACGCUUUGCUUCCGGGCUUCCAAGGUGAAGAGUGACUCAGCUGGCAAGCUAUUUUGAGCCGCUGGUCCUGGCUGCUGUCGGAGUGGUCUCCAAACUGAUGAAUCACCAGCAGCAGAUGACCCUGCUGGACCAGACCAAGACUCUGGCAGAGUCCGCCCUGCAGAUGCUCUACGCGGCCAAGGAAGGAGGAGGGAAUCCCAAGGCUUCGCACACGCAUGACGCCAUCACGGAAGCGUCUCAGCUGAUGAAGGAAGCCGUGGACGACAUCAUGGUGACCUUGAACGAAGCGGCCAGCGAAGUGGGCAUGGUGGGAAACAUGGUGGACUCCAUAGCUGAGGCCAUGAGCAAGCUGGAUGAGGGCACGCCGCCAGAGCCCAAAGGGUCAUUUGUCGAUUACCAGACCACUGUGGUCAAGUACUCCAAAGCAAUUGCUGUCACAGCCCAGGAAAUGAUGACCAAAUCAGUCACCAACCCGGAGGAGCUGGGAGGCCUGGCUUCACAAAUGACCACAGACUACGGGCACUUGGCGUUCCAGGGGCGAAUGGCGGCCGCCACCACGGAGCCGGAGGAGAUAGGCUUCCAGAUCCGGACCCGGGUGCAAGAACUUGGCCACAGCUGCAUCUUCCUGGUCCAGAAGGCCGGCGCUCUGCAGAUCUGCCCCACAGAUGCUUACACAAAAAGGGAGCUGAUUGAAUGUGCCCGUGCCGUCAGCGAAAAGGUGUCCCUGGUCCUCUUGGCCCUCCAGGCCGGGAACAAAGGCACGCAGGCCUGCAUCACCGCCGCCAGCGCCGUCUCAGGGAUCAUCGCGGACUUGGACACCACCAUCAUGUUCGCCACGGCCGGGACCCUAAAUGCCGAAAACAACGGAGCUUUCUUGAUUCGCCCAUGAAACCACAGGGAAAAUAUUCUGAAAGGCAGCCAAAGGCGUUGAGUCGAGAGACCGCGAAGCUCUUAAUUGUCGAGAGUAGCGUCCAGCCAGGAGAAACUUCAGCGCGAAAGCGUGACAGUCCUCAGCCAGCCUUGCGAUCACUCCAGCUACCGCCAGAAUUGGGUGAAGCUGGGAGCCGCCAGCUUAGGUUCCCACGACCCUGAAACACAGGUAGUCCUGAUCAACGCCAUUAAGGACGUGGCGAAGGCUUUGUCGGAACUCAUCGGGGCCACCAAAGGAGCCGCCAGCAAGCCGGCCGACGACCCGUCCAUGUACCAGCUCAAGGGAGCUGCCAAGGUGAUGGUGACGAACGUCACGUCUCUUCUGAAGACGGUGAAAGCCGUGGAAGACGAAGCCACGCGUGGGACGAGGGCCCUGGAGGCCACGAUCGAGUGCAUCAAGCAAGAGCUUGCGGUGUUCCAGUCAAAGGAGGUCCCCGAGAAGACGUCCUCGCCGGAAGAAUCGAUCCGGAUGACGAAAGGCAUCACCAUGGCAACAGCCAAAGCGGUGGCAGCCGGCAACUCCUGCCGGCAGGAAGAUGUGAUCGCCACGGCCAACCUGAGCCGCAAGGCGGUGGCUGAGAUGCUGACGGCUUGCAAGCAAGCUUCUCACCACCCCGAAGUGAGCGAAGACGUUCGGGCAAGAGCAUUGCAUUAUGGGACAGAGUGCACCCUGGGAUACCUGGAGCUUCUGGAACACGUCCUCAUGAUACUCCAGAAGCCCACCCCGGAGUCGAAGCAGCCGCUGGCGUCCUUGUCCAAACGUGUUGCUGGUGCCGUCACAGAACUCAUACAGUCGACCGAAGCAAUGAAAGGCACUGAAUGGGUUGAUCCAGAGGACCCCACGGUUAUCGCUGAGACGGAGCUAUUGGGGGCUGCGGCCUCCAUUGAAGCCGCGGCUAAGAAGCUGGAACAGCUGAAGCCGAGAGCCAAGCCGAAGCAGGCGGACGAGACUCUGGACUUUGAAGAACAGAUCCUCGAAGCCGCCAAAUCCAUCGCAGCCGCCACCAGUGCCCUCGUCAAGUCAGCAUCCGCCGCUCAGCGGGAGUUGGUGGCUCAGGGAAAGGUCGGGGCAAUCCCUGCCAACGCUGCUGACGACGGGCAGUGGUCUCAAGGACUCAUUUCCGCAGCUCGAAUGGUAGCAGCCGCAACCAGCAACCUGUGUGAAGCAGCCAACGCUUCGGUCCAAGGCCACGCCAGCGAGGAGAAGCUGAUCUCCUCGGCCAAACAAGUCGCCGCCUCCACCGCCCAACUGCUGGUGGCUUGCAAAGUGAAGGCCGAUCAGGACUCGGAGGCGAUGAGGCGGCUCCAGGCUGCAGGCAACGCCGUCAAGCGAGCGUCCGACAACUUGGUCAGGGCGGCCCAGAAAGCGGCAUUUGGUAAAGCCGACGAUGAUGACGUGGUGGUCAAAACCAAGUUUGUGGGCGGCAUCGCACAGAUCAUCGCGGCGCAGGAAGAGAUGCUCAAGAAGGAACGCGAGCUGGAAGAAGCGCGGAAGAGGCUGGCCCAGAUCCGCCAGCAGCAGUACAAGUUCCUCCCGACCGAACUGCGGGAAGACGAGGGCUAAGGCGCCAAGGACGUUUUCUUUGGGGAAAUGAGCCAAAGGGGCACGCUGUGGAGGAACUCUGCCCAGCACUGGCCUGAGAGUGGAGUUUGCAGGGGUCUCGCGACAGAGCGCGGCUGCCGCGAGGCAGUUCUGGAGGCUCUUCGCGCCGCUUCGGUGCAUUGAGAUACCUCCAGCAGCGAUGAUGGUACAGUAUUGAGGUCGCCCUCCUCCUUCCUCUCUUUGGUGUAUCUCAGGAGAGAGAGAGAGAGAACGCCUCGCUUUUCUACAAAGGGGUUAUAAAGUCAGUAUUAUCUCAUAACCUGAAGUUUGACCUAUUUAUUACUCUAUUUGACCUGUGUUUAAGGACUUUGGUAUUAUAUAAUACAUAGGAACCCAGUGUUAAGAAGUCAGCGUCUCCAAUAAGCUACCCAGGCGACACGAGGGCUGGGGAGGUAACUUCCUCUCUCUUUCCUCCCAAGACCAAGGCUACGGCAGCUGUGGUGUUUGCAAGAACCUGACGUAUGAAUGUGUGGUCUCGCCGAGAGCGUUCUGGUGACGGGGGUCCCUCUCGAAUCGGAGGACCCUUCUCGGUACCUGUUUGCACUAGAAGUUUCAUUUCAGCACAGUGUCCGUGGUCACUAUUCUCCUGCUUUUGUACAGUGGGGUGUUUUUUUUGGGGGGGGGGGUGUUGGGUUUCUGGCCCGUGAAGGAUUAUGGGGAGCCGCCCUUUUUUGGAGAACGAAUAACUCAAGGAAGAGGAAAUCGUCUGUGUGUGGUGUUAAAACUCCAGGCUCUUGAAGGAAAAUGCCUUUUUGUUUUAUAUACCUCUCCAAAAUGAUCCAAAAAGCAAAUUCUCAGCAUUAAAACGCAUUUACUUCCCUCUCUUGUUUAUGUGAAGACUGGUUUGUGUUGUGGGAGUGGUACAGACCCAAACAAGAUACUUGGCUGCAUCAUGCCGCAUCGUGCUGGCAGGGGAUGAUGGGAACUGUAGUCCAUAACAUCUGGAGGGCUGCAAGUUUGACACCUAUGAUCUAUACUGUUCAAGCCAAAAUUGCCCAAAGCAGAAAUUUGAAUUGUCUGGAUAGUUGAGCCGCUCCUGAAUUUGUGCUGUGUUUCGGUGGAACAUUAGGAUACCAAGAGGACUUGUUAGCGUUUAUCUGCAUUUAUUCUCUCUGUGGCUUCAUUUCACUCUCUUUAUACAUUUGUAGGCCAAGCAGGGGAAAUAAGAAGCUGUUUUUUGUGAACUGUGAAGGAAAAUGUUUGGAAAUUGCAACCACCCACCCAAAAUAGUGGUUUCUGGUACAGAGUCAUUACAUUUGUAUCUAAAGGGCAGCUUCUAGAAAAUAAAAAAUAUGCCGUUCCAAA